AUGAGACUCCAUGUACUUCUCUUCAUGCUCCUCUUUUUGACCCUCUUAUCUCCAGUAAGAAGUGGUUUGGCUUCUGGUGAAAACCAUUGUUUAAAUCUGGCUGGCAUUUGCAGAAGAGACAUCUGUAAAUUAACAGAGGAUCAGAUUGGUGCCUGCAAAAGAAGAUGGAGAUGCUGUAGAUCGUGGUGGAUUCUUAUACCAAUUCCAACACCACUUAUCUAUUCAGAUUAUCAAGAACCCCUUAAGCAUAAAUUAAAAUGA